GCAAACUAUAGAAUGUAGAUGUUAAAAAUCUUAUUAUAUUUUAAUUAAUUGUAUAUCAUAAUAAUUCAGCAGUAUUUGUAUGUUUAUGUGCUAUUAAUAUUAAUACACAUCGAUCAUGCUCAUAGAAAGGAAGUUAGAAAAGGAAAAGGCUAAUCUAUCACUCUUGAGAGAACGUGUUCAGCGUUCUAAGGUUCUAACAAGUUCUAUAGUUGACAUUUUAGAAUCAUUUGAACAAAGAUUAGCUAAAUUAGAGCAUACAAUUUUGCCCGUGUACACUGAAACUGGAUACUUACAACAAAGGCAGCAAAAUAUUGAUGCCAGCCUGCAAUGUCUGCAACACGUAAUGAGUUACUAUUCUGCUCCUCAAACAGUUUGCGAUUUGAUAAAUUUGGGUCCUGACAAAACAGGUCUUCAAGAAUAUUUAAGGGCUUUGAAUAAAUUGUCAGAAGCUAAGGAAUAUUUUCAACAUAAUAAUCCUCAGAGUGUUGAGCUGCAGAAUGUAACCAGUUUAUUUCCUAUUGGCUGUGAUUUGCUUAGUAAAUACUUUCACGAUAUUCUGGUUAGGCAUAAUAGACAUGUAAAACCAGUGGAAAUUCUGGAUCUCAUAAGUCUUGAGGAAGAUCUGAAAUGUCUUCCAUCAUUUCUAACUCUUAUACCUGAAACAUCAUGUCAAGAUUUAAAUUUGAUAGCUCAAUGGCUAGCAGGACAUUCAAUACUUCAUUUUCUUCAAAUUUAUAUCAAAGAACGAAGUGCAGUAUUUUUAAAAUCUUUGCAAUUGCUUAAGGAUAAUCAUAAAACAUCAAGUUGGAAUCAAUCUCCACUUUUGAGAAAUAAAUAUAGUAAAUCUGAAGGAUCCAGUCGCAGAGCUAGGAUACAGCAGAUAUUUGAGAAAAAAGCUAACAGAAUGCUUAUGAAAGCAUCACAAACACUUGAAAUGUCUACUGGUUUUACUAUUGGUUUAAAAAAAGCAUCUAGUUUUGGUGAAGAUGAUGCUCAUGAAAGUGAUAUGGAACUGGAAAGAUAUUUAGUCGAAGUAGCUGCUUUGCAUAAACUUCUCCAAGCUGAACACUGUUUACUUUUGCAAAUUAUACCUGCGCCGUGGCAGAGCAAUGUGUUUCAAAUGAUUGCUAAAAAGGCAGUAGAAGUUAUAGUUUCUGAUGGAGAGAAUAUUACAUCGAGAGCAAGAAAAAGUAUUGGUCAACAAGACUUUGGUGCAGUUUUGAUGGUAUUUCCAAUGUUACGACAUUUGUUAGCUAUGCAACCUGAUUUACAGAAAACUGUUGAAAAUUGCGAGUCACAUGUUGCUGAUAAACUUAUGUCAAUAUUUACAAUGAUGCAUGACACGAUAUCAAAGGCCUUAGAAGAUUUUAUUGAAAGUGUAAAAUCAGAAACUAGCAGUCAAUUACCUAAAGAUGCUACAGUGCAUGAAUUAACAAAUAAUGUUUUAGUAUUUUUAGAACAACUCAUGGACUAUGUAGAUAUCAUAGGUGGCGUUUUGGAAAAGGAUGCAAGUUACAACAACGCUUUAUCAGUUAUCGUCCAUAAUAAACAAAAUAUAACAUACGAUAAGAACAAAGCUUUGCUUGGGGUUUAUAUAAAGAAGGUACUUGUACAGCUGAAUUUGACAUUGUUAAGUAAAAGUGAAGUGUAUACAGACAGUUGCACCAAAUUUAUAUUCCGAGUCAACAAUAAUCAUUAUAUGCUCAAGUCACUUCAGAGAUCAGGAUUGAUAGAGUUUUUAAGAAUAGCUGAACCAUCUUGCGAGCAUAAUUACUAUGAUAUGAUCCAAGAACACAAAAAGAAAUAUUUGUCAAGUUGGAACAAGCUACUUUCGUCGAUAAUAACAUUGGAUGAAACCUUAUUUGCAGGAAAAUUAAGAGACAAAGAUAGAGCUGUCUUAAAAGAACGGUUUUCUGCAUUUAAUAAAGAGUUUGAAGAUAUGUCCAGGGUUCAAAGGGGAAUUUCAAUACCAGAUCUAGAGCUUCGCGAAGGCAUAAAAAGAGAUAACAAAGAACUCCUACUUCCUAAAUAUAAUACGUUUUAUGACUUAUAUGCUAAUGUGAAAUUUACAAAAAAUGUUGAGAAGUAUGUUAAAUUUACACCUGCUCAAGUUGCUAUAGCCCUAGAUAGAUUCUUUGAUGAUUCUGUGUAAGGGGCAGGUCUAGCCGUUAUGGAGAAACAAAGAAAAGAGUACAGAAGAUACAAAUCGAGUUUUUAGGAGAAGGGAUUAUCCGAUAUGAAUGAUCUAAAAAAAAUCAAUUUGUAAGAUUGGAAGAAGAGC